UCAAAUGAAGUCACACUGUGUGAACUUUUUCUGCCAUUUUUUACCAUGUCAACUUUUAACCUUUUAGAACUUUAAUAGUAUUACAUGCAUAUUAAGACAAAUAGCGCUAGAUUGUAAUCUUUUAUGUUUGGACGUCACUUGUUUGUUGCAUGGUUCUGAUUAUGCAGGACGUAUUGUUCAUUUAAUAUUUUUGGUUUUACGCUGCUAUUGUAACUCAGAAGUUUAGAAUGAAUUAGCAGACUGAUGCUAAAUAUUGCAAUAAUCUAUGUAAAGGCAAUUCAUAAACAGAGAGUGAAAUAAUAAACCUAUAAGCUAUUUCUUGAUCGAUGCUUGGUCAAAUCAUUGUCUUGUGAUUGGUAUCCUAUGAAGCCAUGAACGGUGACAGUCUGUGCCUAGGGGAGUGCGUGGAUCAUCGAUACAGAUUGCAUUGCAAGUAUGUGAUGCUUAUGGGCAAGUACCCAUGGAUUAAGAAGUUGGCGCCAGUGUACCUUAGAUGUGAAAGUGCGAUGAUCAGCACUAGUAGUACCAGAAUGAAGAACACAAGUGGGAAAACUCCGACCUGCAAAGUGUGCGGGGAUGAAUCAUCGGGAUACCACUAUGGUGUUGACUCGUGUGAAGGCUGUAAGGGCUUCUUCAGAAGAUGUAUAACACAGGGAAUGACUCAUAAGUGCUCAAAUGAAGAAAAGUGUGACAUUACUCCAUUUACACGGAAUUCUUGCCAGUAUUGCAGAUUAAAGAAAUGUUUUGCAGUAGGAAUGUCAAGAGAAGCGUCACGGUUAGGGCGAAGACCUAAGCGUUUGAAAGACUCAAGCGGCGAACCAAAGCGAGAUACCAAUGUGCCUAUUGCUCCAUACCCGACAUCCCCUGCAGAACUCUACAAGUUGAGAAUGGCCGAGCUACAGAAGUUACUGCAGCAGAAUGGCACGUUCAAGUCGGAACUCAUGCAGGCGUUCUUACAGGCGGCCCAGCAUAGCUUCCGCGAGCACCAGCGAAACAACAACACCAAUGAAAAUCAGAAAAACAAUAAGAAUGCACAGCAUAACGGUAAAACCAGUUCUGAGUCCGGGAACACAUCAAGUGUGACCAGCAGUCCUGGGCCGUCGGGGUCGCCGGGCGAUCCGACAAGCGUCAUGAAUGGGAACCGACAGAGUAUAGACACUAAAGUAGGAAUAAUUGAGGACACUCUGGACAAUUUCAGACUUGACUCGGACAGUUCAGACACCAAAGACAAUUUCAAAACCGAUAACCUGACAUUAACGCCAGCGACAACAAUUGACUACGGUCUGUUCUCGCCAACCGAGCUUCUAAAGAAUGUGACGGAGAUAAAACAGGAAGUACCGGAGCUGGACAACAGCCAGUAUUCGAUGAUGGACAACAUGAUGGGGGGUUUCCCAGGCAUGUCUAGGUCGGCCUCGCCCAUGUACAUGAUGUCGGAGCUGUCGCCGGAGACCCUGCGCAUGAUGCCGGACAUGAUGGAAAUGAUGAAAAACAUGGAUCCGGCCAUGAUGAUGGAGGGAGGCAUGGCCAUGAUGCCAGACAUGAUGGCCAUGCAUUUCCCCGAACCUGAUGACAACGCGAAUGAGAUUGAUGUCUUGCGAAUCCUGGAGGAGGUGAAGCAGGUGCCCUCGGCGCUACGACAGCAGCUCAUCGACCAGGUGGUGGAGACCGUGGGGAUCGCUCACCUGGAGACUGUGACACCAACCAGGAAGAAGGUGGCCGAGGCGAAUCAGAAAUUCAUGAUGAAGAUGCGGUCAGGAUUGAUGCCUGAUAUGUCGAAAAUGCCCGCAGAUACUCAUAAAAUCUGGGAGAAAUUUGUUGGAAGCAUGGUCUAUGAGAUUACCCAGGUAGUUCGCUUCUGCAAAAAACUGCCAGGAUUUGGUGAGAUUCAUCAGGAGGACCAGAUUGUGCUGAUCAAGAAGGGCUCGUUUGAGAUACUGCUUAACCGCAUGUGCUUGCUGGUGGAUCAUGUCAACCACGAGAUGUUCGACCCCACCAUGGAGAUGAAGUGUCCACGAGACGUGAUCAAGAAAAUGCCGAUGGGUUUCUUCAUUGUGGAGUUUUUCAGCAUCGCUGCCCUGAUAAACCCGUUAAGCUUGACAGACGAGGAGACUGGGCUCCUCUCGGCGUGUUUGAUCAUGUCACCAGAACGGGAAGGACUAGAAAAUGUUGUAGCCAUAGAGAAGCUUCACACACUCUUCCUGCAGUCGCUCUUCUUUGAAAUGCGUAAAAACCAUGAAGACUAUGAGAACAAGUUUGUCAGUCUGCUCGGCAUCAUGCCCGUGUUCAGGCAGAUCAACCAGAAGCACUCCAGCAUGCUAAAUGCAUUAAAAAUGCAGAAAGAUCCAGUCAUUGAAGAGUACCCUCCCCUGCCAAAAGAGAUUUUUGAUGUGGAAAAAUAGUUACUUGCCCCUGCCUGAUACAGGUUUAGCCUUGAUCUGUUGUUUCUAUAAAUAGAUGGUUCUUAACAUAGAAUGGUUCUUAAAAUAGGCUAAUUAUUUUAUUAAGACCAGAUUGAGCGUGAAACACACCUUUCUUCACAGUUGAAGUCAAGUUAAUAAUCGAUUUCUGUAUGAAAAAUUUCCCCCCAAAAAAAUUGAUUGAACAAUCAUUUUGUAUUUUGCAUUUGGCCUGGUGUCAGAACUAGUUGUGUGGAGAGAUCAUCUUUUACAUGUACACAGACGGUUCUAGGGCUGUCACGAUACGCCGUGAGCGUACCGCGGUAUAUCGUGGUACGGCAACACUGUAUCGCGGUACGUACCGCGAUAUUUUACAGAAUAUGUAUCUGUGAAGAAAACAGCAGAAUAACAAGUUUUACAAACUUUAUUAAACACAAUAAUCAGAAAACACUGGUAUCAUAGUAUGACUACAAACUGUAAAAGAAACUGUAAUAAACUUGAUAGAAGUAGUCAUUGUUAUAAUGUUGUUGUUCGCGUCUUUUUCUAAAAUGUCCGCCAUGUUGUUUACAAUAGCUGUGACUACGAUCUGUGUAAAUCGAACGCUUCAAGAGCAUGUUCAAAAUGCGGAGUCAGCGGGCCCAGUAUUGAAAAUCCGUAGCGUUCUGACUCUUCCUCGACUUAUUCAGAAUCUUAAGAUAACAUGAUUCGGAAGUGCCAUGCUUUGAACGAUCGAUAUACUAAAGAAAGAAAAUAAGAAAUAGAAUAAACAUCUUUUGGAUAAUUAUGAACUUAUUUGCAAAGGAAAUCUGU